AUGAUAAAACACGACACUGAAGGAAGUGAUAACUCAUCGACUUCAAAGACUGAGGAGUUGACAGGCAGAAAAAGGAAUUCCGAAGAAACUUCUCGGCCACCAUCGCCUUCUUCUGCCUCAGUAGCCAUUUCCGUUCAUGACAAUUUGGCGUUAGUGGACGUUGAUGUUUUAGGCUCAAAUUCAAACGCUCUUAUCACGAAGAAGAGGUCAUUAGAAGAAUGCAGUAAAAAUGAACCGCGUCCUAGUAUUGACGACGAUGAAAAUUCUUAUCAAAAAGCUAAGCGCCAAUCACCGACUCUAUCACCACCCCCUUCGGCAGACAACCGACCCUCAGAGAGUAUAAAUCCACCACAGCACUAUACUCAGGUCCCCGUUCCAUCAAUUAAGCGUGACUCCAAGCCAUCUAAAUUGUCUAUACCUUGUCGACGAAAAGCUGCGAGCCCCGGUCGCUCCUCUCUUGUACCCGGCACUAUUGUCUCCCAGACCACCACCAAGUCCUCUUCCUCCUCCAUAUGCAAUAUUCCCUCUCGGAAGACUACAGAGAAUCUCUCUCCUCCAGGCUCUCGUAUAAUCACCAUCAAACGCGGUCCUCAUGGUUAUGGAUUUAUUCUCCGAGCCAAGGAUGUCUUCUAUGGCAAUUCGAGCGAUUACACUCUUCAUCACAUAGUUGAGAAUGUUGAUCGGAAAGGACCUGCUUAUGCUGCUGGUCUUCGAGCUAAUGAUCUUAUCUUGCGAGUAAAUGGACGAGAAGUUGUAGGUCGACUGCAUACAGAUAUUGUCCAGAUGAUCUGCUCCUCGCCUUCCAGUCUCCGUUUGGUUGUGACAACCUUUGCACAAAGUAACAUCAAGUCGGAUGGAAAGUGGAGAGUUCGAGGAAGACUAGUAUCGCGAGCUAGUCGACGACUGAAGACGCCUCUCACUGUGAAAACUACUGCUGCUGCUAAAGCAGCGGUGAGUUCAGGAGAGGAGUCUGGACUGGAGAGUGUUAGUGGUGCUGGAAGUGGCGGCCUAUGUCGAAGAUGGUUAAAGCACUCUGCUUCUACUCGUCUACCUGUUUGUCCCUCUACUUCUAGUAGUAGCGGAAUUCCAAGUCCUGGUCUUGCUCCAAUGGUAACUGAGAGGCGACAGAGACAUAGAAACGCAAUUGAUACUUCGAAAUCGAAUGUGAUAGCAGCGUCUCCUCCGACCGUUACUUCAAUUCAAAAAUCGACGGGAAGUCCGUUGGAUGAAUAUUCUCGACAUCAUAGCAAUAGUUUCUCCAUUUCGGGCAAGAGAACUGAGGCUGCCCACGUAUCUAGUCGAUUUCAUCCUCAACCCAGAAGAUCCACGGAGACACCUCUGUUCAGACAGUUGAGUGAACGCAACCGCUGCGCAGCUCGUUGUCAAGUCACCUCUCUGGACACUCACACAGCCGCCUUCUCUUGCAGUCCCAUCUCAAUCAGCACUAGUAGUGGUGGAAUGAAUGUUGAAGGAGGUGAGAGUGGUUCUGGGGCUUGUUCUCCCCAGCUCAUUUAUCGACCCACGUUUGGUGAAGCCGAACGGGGUGGAGCUACCACGAGGCCCACUCUCUGUGUCACCCCACCUGCUUCCAGCCCUAUGUCUACGCUAACACCAACUCACAUACCUGCUCCUAGCACAAUACAGCAUCAACCUUCCACGUCCUCACCCAGCAUCAGAAGUUCAGAGGAGAGUUCUAGCGAGCAGGUACGUCUACGUAGAAGGCGACGUCAAAGUUUCUCUAAUAACAGUGUUCAAUCCCCUGCUGAUCCCGACCACAUCAAACCAUCCUCCACGUACGGUCCAACUGAUAUGUAA